UAAAUUAACGAGUGAUGCGGGCUGGGUAGUCGGUGUAAGCUUUGACUAUAAUAGUAGAAAAAUCCCUCCAAUGAUAAAUCCCAACCUUAUAUCUCUGUGUAAGCUGACCCCGUGAUUGAUUGCUGAGAGAAAGCGAGAGACAGACAGAUAGAGAAGAAGAAAUGGGCAAAGAAGGCAAUUUUCCACUAUUUGAAACAAAAGUUGCGAAGGGUCGUAACCUCUUCAGAUGCUAUGCAGCAUCAGUGUUUGUGGGUAUCAUUUUUAUCUGUGUCUACAGGGCGAUACACUUCCCAGCUGCAAAUGGGCAAGUGCUUAGAAGAUGGGCUUGGAUGGGGUUGUUCUUAUCUGAGCUGUGGUUCAGCCUCUACUGGUUUGUCUCACAAUUUUCUAGAUGGAACCCCAUCUAUCGUUACACCUUCAAAGACAGGCUCUCUCAGAGAUACGAGAAGAUUUUGCCAGGUGUAGACAUAUUUGUGUGCACUGCGGACCCAACGAUAGAGCCACCCAUCAUGGUCAUCAACACUGUUUUAUCAGUCAUGGCUUAUAACUACCCAUCACACAAACUAAGUGUCUAUCUCUCUGAUGAUGGGGGCUCGGACCUGACCUUCUAUGCUUUGUUAGAGGCCUCUCGCUUCUCAGAGCUUUGGCUACCAUUCUGCAGGAAAUUCAAGAUAGAACCAAGGUCACCUGCGGCUUAUUUUUCCUCAACUCCUCAACCAAAUGAUUGUAAUCCUCCCAUGCCUCUGGACUGGUUCUCUGUCAAGAAAGCAUAUGAAGACAUGGAGAAUAGAAUAGAAACCACCACUAGACUGGGCAGAAUUUCAGAAGAAAUAAGAAAGGAGCACAAGGGAUUUCUGGAGUGGGAGUAUGCUGCAACACGGCAGAAUCAUCCGUCCAUUGUUGAAAUACUAAUUGAUGGGAGAGAUGGUAAGGCUGUGGAUGUUGAAGGACAACCAUUGCCAACUCUGGUAUACUUGGCACGUGAGAAGAGACCCCAAUAUCAUCACAAUUUUAAGGCUGGAGCUAUGAAUUCACUGAUAAGGGUCUCAUCAAAGAUAAGCAACGGUUCUAUUAUUCUUAAUGUGGACUGUGACAUGUACUCAAACAAUUCCGAAAUAGUGAGAGAUGCUCUAUGCUUUUUCAUGGAUGAAGAGAAGGGCCAUGAAAUUGCUUAUGUACAGUUUCCACAGAACUACAACAAUCUCACCAGGAAUGACUUGUAUGGUACUGAUAUGAGGGUAAUUAAAACGGUGGAGUUUCCAGGCAUGGAUGCUUGUGGGGGGCCUUGCUAUGUUGGUAGUGGGUGCUUUCAUAGGAGAGAAACACUCUGUGGGAUGAAAUAUAGCAAGGAAUGCGAGAGAGGAUGGAAGAGAGAGUAUGACAGAGAGAACAGAGAAAGUGCAAGUGUGUUAGAAGAAUCAUGCAAGGUGCUUGCGAGUUGUACAUAUGAAGAGAACACUCAAUGGGGAAAGGAGAUGGGAUUGAAGUACGGUUGCGCGGUGGAAGACAUUAUUACAGGAUUGUCGAUACAAUGCAGAGGUUGGAAAUCCAUCUAUUGUAGACCAGAAAGGAAUGGCUUCUUGGGUGUUGUUCCAACAACACUGUUGCAAUCACUAGUACAAAAUAAGAGGUGGUCUGAAGGCCAGUUUCAGAUCUUUCUCUCAAGGCACUGUCCCUUUGUAUAUGGACAUAAGAAGAUUCCUCUGAAUCUACAAUUCUCAUACUCUCCCUACUCACUGUGGGCUUCAACCUGCUUGGCUACACUAUACUAUGUUACUGUUCCACCCCUCUGUCUCCUCGGCGGUGUCUCCUUAUUUCCGGAGAUAUCAAGCCUGUGGAUCCUACCCUUCGUCUAUGUGGUCGUGGCCAAGUAUUCAUACAGCUUAGGCGAGUUUCUAUGUUCUGAUGGCACAAUCCAAGGCUGGUGGAAUGAACAAAGAGCUUGGGUGUACAGAAGGACAACUUCAUACCUUUUUGCCUUCCUUGAUACAAUCUUGAAGCUACUAGGAUUUGUGGAGUUGAGUUUUGUAAUCACUGCAAAGGUGUCUGAUGAAGAUGUAUCUCGAAGAUAUGAGCAGGAACUCAUGGAGUUUGGAUCUCCCUCACCAAUGUUUACCAUAUUAGCAACACUUGCGAUGCUCAAUCUGUUCUGUUUUGUCUGGAGUGUACAGAGGGUGGUCGUGGAUGUUCAAGACAGAGCAUUAGAGUCACUAGCAUUGCAGAUUAUCCUAUGUGGGGUUCUUGUUCUCAUCAACGCGCCCCUAUAUCAGGGCCUCUUUUUCCGCAAGGACAAGGGCGCCAUGCCCACCUCUGUUACAUACAAGUCUGUUACUUUAGCCUUACUGGCUUGUGCAAUAGCCUUGUAUUAGUCCUACCGUGUAAGAAAAUUGUCUCCUUUCCGCAAGUUUUUAUAUUUAUGUAAUGCUUUGUAGUUGAAGAACUAA